GCAUCUCAGCCCUCGCACCAUUUACGAGAAGAACUGCUGCCCUGAGUUAGGAGGAAGUCUAAUAUCUCACAGUGUUGUUAUGGGUCCUGCAGUCAGAACAGCAGAUACUAAAAUCACUAAAAUGAAGAUUUAAAUUUUAAGAAAGAAAAGCUCUUUGUGGAAAACAGAUUCUCACUGAGUGAGCAGAACUUUCCCGGUUAUUUUUGGAGAUGGAGUUUGGCAGGCAGGUCUUGGAGAAGCUGCAGAGAAAGAAGAAGAUGUCCUCCACGAUGCCGCUCACCCUGCAGGGUCUCGAGGUCCAUUUUUACCUGCCAGACACGCAUCAGAUCAUCCACCUCAAAGGCAGCUUUUCAGCAGAGGAGCUGUGCAUCGAUGCGGCCAAGAAGUUGGGUGUGUCUCCACUCUGCAGCACUCUGUUUGCUCUGUAUAAUGAAGUCAGCCUCACCUGGUUCCCUCCCAAUUACUCCUUUGUGAUAGACGAGUCUACGAGACUGAAGCUACAUUAUCGGAUGAGGUUCUACUUCAGUAACUGGCAUGGCACUGAUAAGGAUUCUCCAGCUGUACUGAGACACGCUCUCAAACGCUCGAGCAGCCAAGAAACGGCUGUUCUGGACCUGCCCUCUCUGACCUACCUCUACGCACAGAGCCAGUACGACUUUCAGAGCGGCCUAGCUCCACUACGAAGCCCCCAGUCUGAGGAAGACACCCAGCAGAUAGAGAACGAGUGUUUGGGAAUGGCUGUAAUGGCGAUUUCCCAUGAUGCCAUGGGCAGCCAAAUGCCCACACGGGAACUUACCAGGAUAUUCAAGUACAAGAACUACAUCCCGCUCAGUUUCAGGCAGGACAUCGCUCAGAGGAACAUCUUUACCCGCAUGCGCAUCGCCAACGUCUUCAAGGCCUUCCUGGAGGAGUUUAACGACAGAACCAUCCAGAACAGCAGUGUCAGCAAACACUACCUGAAGGUCAAGUACAUUUCCACCCUGGAGAACCUCACCGAGCGCUUCGGAUGCGAAGUGUUCGAGCCGUCCCUGCUGAUCAUUCACGAGAACGAGGACGGCGCCUCGGGGUUCGGGGAUAAAGGUGCCAGGCAUCGCGUGCUGGUGUCUGGAACGGGCGGCAUUAAGUGGCAGAAAGUGCCGGUUGAGACCCUCCCAGAUCCAUGGAGCAACCCACAGAGGAGGAUGUCUAUGAGGAGUAGAAGACAGCAGAGUCAGCAGAGCUCCGGCCCGAAACAUCCCACCAAACAUGACGUCUGGACGACUUUCUCCAAUUUUUCUGAGAUUACGCACAUCGUCAUCAGAGACUCUACAGUCACAGUUUACAAACAAGACGACAAAAGAAUGGAAGUGCACCUGGCUGCGCGUGAGGAGGCUCUCUCCUUCGCCAGUCUGAUAGACGGGUACUUCAGGCUCACGGUAGAUGCGCAUCACUUCCUGUGCACAGAUGUUGCACCAGUUUCUGUGCAGACAAAUGUGAGCGAGGGAUGUCACGGUCCAAUCAGCACUGAAUACGCCACUCACAAACUGAAGCAGGAGGGUUACGAGGAGGGCAUGUACAUCCUGCGCUGGAGCUGCGCCGACUUCGACCACGUCCUGCUUACGGUCAUCUGCAAAGAGAGGGACAACUCUGGAGGGAUCCUGAAAACCUUUAAGAACCUACAGAUCCAGAAGCUGGAGAGCGGCUAUCGUCUGUGUGGGACGGAUACAGAGAAGCCGACUCUCAGAGAGCUGACCGAUCAGCUGUCUGGACAGCGUCUGAGUACAGAGAGCAUCGUACUGACUCUAGACAGAGGCUGCCCACCUCAACCCAACGAGGUAUCUAACCUGCUGAUGGUGACGCGCCCAGACACAGCUGCCCCGUCCUCUCUCAGCCAGGGGAUCACAGUUUUCCACAGGAUCAACAAGGAGGACAUCAUUCAGGAUAAGCACCUGGGUAAAGGAACUCGCACCAACAUCUACUCCGGCAGACUGAAGAUCCGCAGCUACGAUGACGACGGUCUCUCAGGACUCCAGAGGACUGAGGAGGUGAAGGUGGUCCUGAAGGUUCUGGGAGCAGGACACAGGGACAUUUCAGCCUUCCUCGAGACGGUCAGCCUGAUGCGUCACAUCACACACAAACACAUGGCUCUGCUUUAUGGCAUCUGUAUGCACAGCAUGGACGUUAUUAUGGUGGAGGAGUUUGUGCAGCAUGGUCCUCUGGAUUUGUUCAUGCGAGCUCAUCGUGCUGAUCUCACCCCAUCCUGGAAGUUCCAAGUAGCAGAGCAGCUUGCAAGUGUCCUCAGUUACCUGGAGGAUUCGAAGCUUGUGCAUGGGUUUGUGUGCACUAAGAACAUCCUGUUGGCUAAGGACGGUCUGGAAGGACAAGGAGCUCCUUUCAUAAAGCUGAGUGACCCUGGCGUGCCCAUCACUGUGCUCAGCAGAGAAGAAUGUAUUGAUAGGAUUCCCUGGAUUGCGCCAGAGUGUGUGAAGAACCCCAAAGCGCUCAGUGUUGCAGUGGAUAAGUGGGGAUUUGGAACUGCAUUGUGGGAAAUCUGCCACAAUGGGGAGGCGCCACUCCGGGACAAGCAGCGCACUGAGAAAGAGCGCUUCUAUGAAGCUGAAGGCGCGCUGGUGAUUCCCAACAGUAGUGAGCUGGCCGACCUGAUCACUCACUGCAUGAACUAUGACCCCAGGAAGAGACCUUUCUUCAGAGCUAUUGUUCGAGAGCUGGACCGCAUCAAAGAGCAGAACCCGUCCGUGGUGUCGGGGGUCAUUCCCCUGCAGGAGACGGACCCCUCCGUGUUCGAGAGCAGAUUUCUCCAGACAAUACGCAAACUGGGAGAGGGUCACUUCGGGAAGGUGGAGCUGUGCAUGUAUGAUCCUCAGGGGGGUCACACAGGCCAGCUGGUGGCUGUGAAAUCUCUGAAGUCAGAAAGAGACGGCCUGGAGAGCAGCAACCUCAGAAGAGAGGUCAACACCAUGAGGGAGCUCUACCACCAGAACAUCGUCAAAUACAAAGGCAUCUGUAAUGAAGAAGGUGGACGGACUAUAAAGCUGAUUAUGGAAUAUCUACCUGCUGGAAGCCUGAAGGAAUAUCUGCCCAGGAACAGAGCAAAUACCAGCGAGCACAGACUGCUCCUUUACGCUCUGCAGAUAUGUCAGGGAAUGGAGUACCUGGGUUCUCAGAACUACAUCCACAGGGAUCUGGCUGCACGGAACGUUUUGAUGGAGAGCGAGACGCUGGUGAAGAUUGGUGACUUUGGCCUAACCAAAAGCAUCAAAGACAAUGAGGAAUAUUACACCGUGCGGGAGGAUCAGGACAGUCCUGUUUACUGGUACGCCCCUGAGUGCCUGAUCCACCGCAAGUUCUACAAGGCCUCAGACGUCUGGUCUUUCGGGGUCACGCUCUAUGAGCUGAUGACCUACUGUGAACGCAAGAGCUACCCUCCAGAUAUGUUCCAGAACAUGAUUGGUCGAUCACACGGUCAGAUGACCAUGGCGAGGUUGGUGAAGGCUCUGGAGGAAGGCCGGAGGUUGCCAUGUCCUCCAUCCUGCCCGGAUGUGGUGUACACGCAGAUGCGGCGGUGCUGGGGCUACUCCCCCGAGGACAGGGUGGACUUCAAAAGCCUGAUCGAGGUGUUCGAGCGUCUGCUGUCCACAGAGGAACUCAGCCUAGCUCGCAGCUGCUGAGGCUUUCAACCCGGAGCUGGAGAGUUUCACACUACAAAGUGAAAUCUGCCCGGUCAGGAACAUCUGGGUGCUCCUAUUAUACAGUACAGGCCAAAAGUUUGGACACACCUUCUUUUGUUUCAGUGCGUUUUCUAUAUUAUUUUCAUGACUAUUUACAUUGUAGAUUCUCACUGAAGCAUCAAAACUAUGAAUGAACACAUGUGGAGUUUUAUGUACUUAACAAAAAAUGGUAAAAUAACUGAAAUAUAUAUAUAUAUUCUAGUUUCUUCAAAAUAGCCCCCUUUGCUCUGAUUACUGCUUUGCACACUCUUGGCAUCAUUCUCUCCAUGAGCUUCUUUAAGAGGUGGCCACCUGAAAUGAAACGUUUUUCAACAGUCUUGAAGGAAGGAAGGAGUUCCCAGAGGUGUUUAUUAGCACUUGCUGCUCCUUUGUCUUCUUCACUCUGUGCUCCAGCUCACCCCAAACCUCAAAUCUGGCUCAUUUUUUACAUAAAGUACAUAAAACUCCACAUGUGUUCAUUCAUAGUUUUGAUGCUUCAGUGAGAAUCUACAAUGUAAAUAGUCAUGAAAAUAAAUAAAGAAAACACAUUGAAAAAGAGAAGGUGUGUCCAAACCUUUGGCCUGUACUGUAUCUGGUUUGAGCUUAUCAAAAAAUAAGUUUAAUAGUUUUUAUUAGUCAGUAAAUGAAAGAUUAUGAUGUGAAUGGAGCUGCUGGUGAUAGAUAUAUAGAUAAAAAAAAUAGUUUAAAAAUAAUAAAGUAGCCUUUCUGAAAGUAGAAAGUAGAAACAUGUAGAGAAGAGAUCUAAGUCAUUUUUUACACUUUACAUUCGGGUUCUUUAAUUCCUGAUUAACAGUUUUUUAGCACAGUUUGGUGGUUUAUGGUAUCAGCUUUAAAACGCCUGAUUUAAAUCAUCUGUAAAUUUUCAGGUGUAAACACAAGCUAUGCUAUAUACUGAUGGUGCAUCCCAACUGCUUACUAAUUACUAAUACUAUUAUACUAUUAUAUUUUUGACUAAGAAAUAUGUUAUAAAUAUGUAGAUAAAAGUGUCAAACUUGAGUACUGUAUUUUUUUUGCACUAUAAGGUGCACUUAAAAUGUUCCUUUAAUUUUCCCAAAAAUCGUCAGUGCACCUUAAAAUAAAGCCAGUCUGCUGAAGUGCAGCGUUAUACAGGGUGAGUUUCAGUUAAGUUUCUCCAGCACUAAGGCUGGGUGCAGUAGCAUUAGCAUUAGCCGCUAACCACAGCGCUAUCUGGUGGCAUUUACUAGCGCUAACCAUGGCUAGCUAGCGCUGCUGGCUAUCUAAGCUUACUGUAAAUAAAUGGAAGUGCUUUACUCACCCAAAUAAACAGUUUUUAGGAGAGAAAUCUGUGUAGAUUAACAUCCAGGUUUUUUUAAUAACUACAGUUUUGUUCUCCCAUUAGAAGGGAAACAUGGCGACACCCCUGUUCCUUACUAGUGUCGCUUAAUUCGCCUUAUAAUCAAGUGUGCACCUUAUGUAUAAAAAUAGACCAGAAAAUAGAGGAUUAUUGAUUGUGUGCCUUAUAAUCCAGUCCUCCUUAUAGUACGAAAAAUACGGUACACUCAAUUAUCCAAGAGUGUGGUUAUAAUGGAUACUUUUUACCCACAAUGCAAUGCAUGUUCUCCUCCACCAGUCUUACACACUGCUUUUGGAUAACUUUAUGCAGUUGAGAGACAAACAGAUUCUCCUGGGCUGGAAUUGAAGGACUUUGCUUUUUACAUGUCUUUUUGAUGUAGUUUUAUGUCUUAUAAAAAUGUCAGAAUUUUGGCACUUUAUACUCAUAGAUAUAUUUUCUUUAUUGUUUUAUAUAGCCAGCCUUGAUAAUAUAUUUUAAAUAAAAUAAAAAUAUAUUCAUACAUUUAUUAUCUGCACAGAAAAUAUGGUGAAAGGUUGUUUGAAAUAUAAUAAUAAAUAAUAAAAAAAUAAAAAAAUAAAA